UCCAAACCUCCUCAACAUACUUGCUAGUUUCCGACAAGAAAAGGUAUAAAAUUAAAAUCCCUAAUGGGUUCCAUGUGAAAACUCAGAAUCCUUCUACAUUCGGCAUUCACAUGGUAACUCCCGAGCUGCGAAACCACAACCAGAUUUUCACUGCUUUUCUGUUGAAGGUAGAUAGGAACUGAAAUACAUAGUUUAAGGCAAGAUGAUAUCCUUCUCCCAAACCAAACAAUGGCAUGGAGUUCAAUUUCAACAGUUUAAGCUGACCAAGAGCCUCCCAAAAUGCCUCAACGGGCAUCCUAAUGUUCAUCUACGAAGUUUCAGACCUAGUAGUGAUCGAAAAAUGGAGCAAGCCAGUUUUAAAACAGUUCAUUGCAAAGCAGGACUAGCAGAGGAUGCACCCUUUGCCAUAGCUAUAGGAACAUGUGUUCUCAAUUCUAUUAUUUUCCCUCCUCGGGAUAAAUCCAAUGAUCAAGAUGGAGAAAGUAUGGACGAUGUGAGAUAUGCCGCAAUGGGGAUCAUAAGCUUUAUUCCCUACUUCAACUGGCUGAGUUGGGUAUUUGCUUGGCUUGACACAGGAAGACGGCAGUAUUUGAUCUAUGCAAUUGUUUAUUUAGCUCCUUACAUAAGGUCAGAUUUAUCAAUAUCACUGGAGGAUAGCUGGUUACCUGUGGCAAGCAUACUUGUCUGCAUUCUACAUAUUCAACUAGAGAUAAGUUUGAAGAGUGGAGAUCUUCAGGAUUUCCAGUUGUUUGGAGAUACCUCAUUCUUCUCAGAGAAUUGGGGAGGAAAAAGGCUCCAGAACCAACUUGGUAUCCUCCUUCAGAAACUCCGAGCAUCAAAAGUGGAAAGAGAUUCCAAAAUUUCGGACUUCGUAGAACCACCACCUGCAGAAGAAGAAAUUAAACUGGAGCUUGAAGAACGGGAUAAAAAGAUGGAAUCAUCCUUAGAAGAUCAACAUCCUAGAGAGGAAAGAAGGAACAGCAGUAAAAGGAGAAACAUGUUGGGAAAAAAAGAUGAUUCUGAUAUGUCUUGAUGCAUAGCCUCCUUUUAUGUUGGAUGCAUAUGGCAGGCAUUUUUUGUUAAAUGAGCUUCAUGCAUUAUAUGCAGUGCUUCAUUGUCCCACACACAUCAGGUUGGGAAGUUGGUAAAUAUUUUAAUGUGUAAAUAUGUCUUUUUUGAGAGGACAAAUGGAGGUUUGUCUUGUGUAUUCUUUCCCAACAAUAUGUGGGAUUCAUCAACUAGAACGCAGUGGAACUAAGAGUAAAGCAGAGGAAGAUGGUCUUAACAACACUAUAGAAAUGUUUUUGGAUUUUAAUGUUCAACCUGCAAGGUAGGUGAUCUGGUUGAUAGGCUAUGAUGUGAAAUUAUUUUUACUAUUUCUCCCGAAACAUUCUUCUAGCACAAAUUACCUAGAGGUCGUACACCUAAAUUUGUGACAAUUACUUGAUGAGGAAAGGCAUCAUGUAAUUACUAAUUUGAAAAUUGUCUCCUAAGCAUGGGAUUCUUGGACCUGUCCUUUGUUCUCGACUUUUAAUAGGAACAUUAUGCAUCCUAUAAAUGCAGUUUUGAAUUGAUCUUAUAUUGUAUAUUUUCGUUCAGAAAGAAAUAAUCAAUGAAUUAUCUUAUACCA